AUGUCUCCUGGGGAGCGGGGCUGCUGCGCCUCCCACCUCGAGGCCUGGCGAAAGUGCGCCAGGAGUGGGAAGCCUCUGCUGGUCUUGGAGGACGAUGCCGUGAUCCUGCCCUCCUUCACAGCGACUCUGACACAGGCCUUGAAAGAAAUGCCCAAGGAUGCCGGCGCAUUGUGGCUUACGAGCAAAGAUCGUGGCUCCAGAAAGCGCGCGGGGAAGGUGCUGAUGAAGCCACACUACUUGUGGACAACGGUCGGCUACAUCAUUUGGCCCGCGGCUGCCAAGCGUUUCAUCAGCCUUCUCCCCAUGGACAUGCCAGUGGAUAAUUUCUUGGCAUGGCACAUCAAGGAGGGCGAGGUGAAAGGCUUCUCGGUCUCGCCGGCGGUUGUCCGGCAAGCACAGACCUGGAACAUUGGGUCCGACGUGCCACACUCGGAUGAUGUGGCGCUUUGGGAUGCUUAG